GAACUGCUUUCUGACUUUCCUCUCAGCUGCACCUUCUGACCAUCAACCUUUCAUCUCCUCUGCGUGAUCAUAGCGCUGCAAAAUACAUGUAUAUAUCUCCUCCACUUUCUGCACAUUUCUUCCUUCAUCAACAUGUUGGCCUUCGUGCUUCGGAGAUCUUGUGUUCCUCUAACAGCGUUGGGUUGUUGAAACAGCAAAGGCACUUUUAAUUCCUGUAAGAAGAAUGUGGAUUCUCUGAUGCUGAGCUGGGUUUGAAUGUUCUUUCUUACUUUGUCAACUUUUACAAACAGGUUUGUAUCACCUUGUUGUCUUCCCAGUAAACACAGCUCGCCACUUUUUUAUCGUGGUCAAGUUGAACAACAAAACAAAAUACUUGUAAGGCUCGCUUUUUUAGGCUUCUGGCGGAUGCUGCUUGAGUACUGCCCUCGUUGCUGCCAUCCCCACUUCAUUCUUCACUUGUUCCACAUUGGUUUUUUUAAACCAGUCUGACAAGCCAUCGUCUGCACUCCUGCUCAUAGUUCAGCAGGUCGUCCUACACAUUCGGACUCAAAUGAUGCACACUCUCCUAAAACGGCUUCAUCUAGUGACCUUCAUCCAGUCUCCAACUCUGGUUACUUCAUGACCCAAAAUUUCUAGCUGUUCGAGCCAAAACUCUCAAUUGUGUCCCUGUGGCCUCCUAACUGAGAACUUUUCUCCAGCAAGGACUUGUCUCAAAACAAUGGCCCCACAGGUCUUAUUCGUCUCAAACAUUUUUGAUCCAAGACAUCUGUGCUCCCUAACGUUGACUCCCUCUGACAGACUCCUUUGUGGUCUCAUCUUUUCUCCCAGUGACCGUCUCACCAUCUUCAUCUCUGACUCUGAGUCUCAUGGCAGUGACCCGUAUACUCUUAUAAAACUCCCCUUCACUCUCACUUCUACUUUUACUCCAUGAUUGUCUCCAACCUGUCUGCACUCUCUUCUUCACUGACCCUUCAUCUCAUCUUCACUCAUUCCCCUCCCUCCCUCUCAUUCACUCUCAUGGUCUGUGAUCUCUACCCUGCGCAAGAUUAUAGUCCACUCUAUUUAAGGUCAUUUGCAAAUUUACGAAAAAACAUCCUAACGAUCCACACGAAUGACCUUUGAUCCCUUGGACGGUGACUUUCUUGUCACUACAUAGGAUCAGAUUGUCAGUGAACGUAGUUCCUGUUCCAGGCGACACCAAAACAAAAUCUAGACUCAUCAAGAUCAAACGGUCGCCACAUGGGAAGGUGUCCUGUGGUCCCCACAAUGAACUUAUUUCCACACUAUUUGUAUUUGUUAUUCACCUUGGCUUUUUUUUUUAACCCACAAAGCCAUGAGUGACUGGCGGCGCUCCGCCAGCAGAAGGCGCUCUAGGCAUCUGCUUCUUUGGCUUCUGUCGAGAGCAGCUGCAAAGUGAGCUCAAGCUAGCCAGGAAAAUGUCUGCAUUCCCAUGCUACAUUAUGAAGUGCUAAGUGACUGAAACCGUGAUCGCCAUGUGUCCACUUCAUGUGAGGAAUGGCUGCCGUUGCCAGGUGUCGGAGAGUGCUUCAGGAGAGAGGGAAGGAAGGACAAGAGAGUUGCUGUACGAUCCGAUGCGGAAGGUGGUACCAUCCGUAUCGACACUUAGACUAUCCUAAGAUACUGUGAGGAGUACCGUCAUGUGGGAGGACCUCAGGGUCGGAGUAUCUGUUGCUAGGCCAUAAUUUCUCCUGUAGUAGAUGGUGGAUGCUAAAGAGGAGUGAGAAUACUACUUAUUUAGUUAGGAUGUAAACCACGUGUCUCUGUCCUUUCAAGUGUCUUCUUUAAGACAUGGAUGUUAAUUCCCCGCCGCCCUGUCCAUCUCUCACUGAGUAAAAAAGUAGUAGGAAAAAAUAUACACUAGUGAUGGGCAAGUGAGGCAUCAUAAAGCGUUUUGACUCAGUGACACACUGUGCCGAUACUGUGUUGAUACUGUGUCCCUGAAUACUGACACCUGCUGGACAUUAAAAUCCCUGCAGGCAACCGACCUGACAGACUGAAUUUACGCUGAUAUGAUGACCUACUGCAUAUAAUAAUAUAAUUUAAGUCUUUGCAUUCAUUAUUAUUACAUAGAUUUCAAUAAUGUGAAAAUGUAUCACAAUGUGAAAAACGUUUCAGGAGGUUCUGAAAAUCUCUCCCUGGAAUGGCUGUAGCACUGUGUUUCCAUGAGCACCCUGGUUCUUGCUGGGUAGAGCCGGAACAGUGGGAAAGGCUCAGUGUAUUUGUGGAGCGACAAGACUCAGCGAUGAGACUCAAGAUGGUGGACAUAGUUCCUGAUCACUAACCCGGAGUUGAAGGGUGACCCCUCUCUGUCUAACUUUCAUCCCACCCCGCUUCUUGCCCUGAGUAGCUGGGUCAGUCUGGACCCUGGUGAGACCUGGAAUGUUUGUAUGUGUAUAGUCAGUUAUCCUAUUAUCACCUCCAUCCAUGGGUUUCUCUUUCAUGAAACAAUUCCUGCAGGUACUGGCCACUGCAGCCCUGAACGCAUCCCCAUCGCGGCAUCUACUCGCGACGUGAGCACAUCGGUGUAAUAACGCCGAUGUGCAGUCACGUGCCGUGCGUUUACGGGCGGCUGCGCGGCUGAUACGUUUGUUUUGCUCUCGCUUUCAUCCUCAAACCCUCCUGGUGGGUUUACAUGACGGCAGAGACGCUGCGGCUUGACUGAUGUGCGCGAGAACCAUCGACUGGCUAAUCCCGCUGAAUGACAAACCGUUAAGCCAAUUGCUGCCGAGGCACUUUAUAUUCCCAUAGUAUCUUUAUUUUAGGAAACCAUAAAGCAGGCUGACGGCACGGAGAGGGACGACCUGCGAGGGGGGACGCGAAUAAAAUCUGCGGCGUCAAAUCCUCGCUCCGUUGCGGGAUUACUCGCGGAAUCUCUGUCUCGCGGUGAUGUCGUGACCGGAGCGAUGCAAGUGUCACUGGAUCCUCGAUGUUUUCUCGGUGUUCGGGGGACGCGGUGAGAGGACGGGAGGCCGUGGAUCGGUUCAGCAGCUGGACAGCUCCCGCGGUCGGGAUCCCCGCGGAGCUCGCCGCGAGACCCCGGCCGACAUGGUCCGAGCGGGUGACGAUGGCGCUCGUUGCUGAGCUUCGGUGUCGGUUCGGUUUUGCUGAGAGUGGGAGCAGCAGCCUACACACUCCUGCCGCCUCUUACACACACCACCGGAGCGGAGACCACGAUGCCAGUCCACGCAGUGGUCUGUGAGAGUGAGUUCUGGAAUAAUGCUGCCCCCUGCUGUCUCCGAUCCGUGUGCGCCACCACCUUGUCAAGUGCAUCCCGUCCAAGAAGCGAAAAUGAAAAACAAAUCAUCAACAUGAGGUCCACCAGGUGAGAGGGUGAAGUGCAGGAGUGAAGACCCUUGAGAAUCAAUCGACGCACAAACGCUCCCUUAACCUUGCAACAUGGCCAACGCUGAGGGUGUGGAGCCGGCCGGGCUGUCGGACUUGGAGAUCAUCUCUCAGCCGGUAGAGGAUGAGAACCAGUGCUUGGCUCCGCCGGUCCAGCUGGUCAGUUUUGGCUACAGAGACCUGCCGCUUGCAGCGCUGGACCUGUCCAUGGCCGGAUCGCAGCUGCUGUCCAACGCUGACGAGGACGAAAACAGGGACGGCUACUCCAACUGGCUGAAGCCCUGCUGCGGCCGCCAGGUGGCGCUGUGGCAGGUCUGUCUGCUGAGCGCGGGCUUCAACUGCGUCCUGGUGGCCAGCGUGAUCCUGGUGGUUCUGUUCCUGUCGCUGGAGCUGCUCAUCGACACCAAACUGCUUCAAUUUUCCAACGCUUUCCAGUUUGCCAGCAUCAUUCACUGGAUCAGCCUUGUCAUCCUUUCGCUCUUCUUCUCCGAGACCGUCUUCAGAAUCAUCGUUCUGGGGAUCUGGGACUACAUCGAGAACAAGGUUGAGGUGUUCGAUGGCGCCGUCAUUGUGCUGUCGCUGGCCCCCAUGGUGGCCUCUACGGUGGCCAACGGCCCCAGCAGCCCCUGGGAUGCUAUCAGCCUCAUCAUCACUCUUCGCAUCUGGAGGGUGAAGAGGAUCAUCGACGCGUACGUGCUGCAGGUGAAGGUGGAGAUGGAGUUGGAGAUCCAGCAGUGCGAGAAGACCAAGGCAGUGAGGGAGGAGCAGCUGGAGCGUCUCACUCAGAUCUGCCAAGAACAGGCCUUCGAGAUCCGGCAGCUGCGCGCCCACUUGGCCCAGCAGGACGUGGACCUGGCUGCGGAGCGGGAGGCGGCAAUGCAGAUCCAUCACGUCUGGAGCAAACAGGGCAGGAGCUUUCAGGUCGUCGAGGGCGCGACUCCCGCCGAGUCCGACGACGAGGCGGCUCUGAGGAAUCCCAGGGAGCCGCUCACGACUGCAGAUCCACUGGUACGUGACGACAUGAACAACUACAUCAGCCAGUACUACAGUGAAGCCACCAGUGACACAGGAGGAGCCGGUUUUGGUACUCGGAUCAUCACCACCGCAGCCAUCGACGUCCACCUGCCCACCAACCCCGCACAGGUGAACGCCACGCUGGCCAUGGAGCGUGUGGGCAGCACCAUGAGUGACACCAGCAUCUCUCGGUCCAGCGGAAGCCUGACGGCUCGGCCUCGCAGUAGCUACACGCCGGCAUCUUCCUUGACAGACUGCAGCAGGAAGGAGCCGAGCCUGACCUACAGCUGCUGCCCCCCCGCUGAGCCUCACAGGAACCCAAGUGUGGUGGUGCAGGAACUGCUGUCCUCCCUCUCUGAGGAGUCCUGUCUGGCUCGAAAAGGCUUGUCAGUGGACCCGGUCAACCUCAAACUCCCCAGUCCCACUGGAUCAGAGACGGCCAGUCCAGAGCUGGACCACAGAAUAAACAUCUUCAACUGCAGGAACCAGGUGGAGCGGAGAGAUCAGGGGCGGGGCUGUGUGUUGCUACAGACCAAGCCCCUGAUCCACCUGCAGGGCGGCGCCACAGAGCCCUCCAUGGAGGAGAAGCGCAGGCUCCUGGCUCCUGCCGACGCCCCUCUGUCCGACACAUAGCCAACGCUGGAAGCUCUGGAGCGGUGGGGAAGCUUUAAAACCAGGCCACGCGGGAGUGAGUCCGAUCUCAGCCAGGUCUGAGCUAGAGCCUUAGCUUUUAGCCAACACUGAUCCUUAACUCAAAAUGGCUGCGUUCAAACUACCAACUGCUCAUUUUGGAAACGUUAGUCCGCGAUAACGCUGCGGAGAGACGAGCGCCGAGGUUCAGUGUUCCCUCUGAUGAUGUCCUGCUGCCUUUGAACUACACUUGAAUACUCACCUCCUUCUUUUCCUCUUCUCUCCUUCUGUCUCACUUACCAGCUCUUUAAACACCUGUUCUCUAUUUUCAUUCAACAUUACAUUUCCUUAUGUUGUUUUUGAAUCCCUUGCCUAACAUUUGUGUUUACCUUCCUUCUGUACCCUUUCCUCUCCAUUCUUCUUUUGGCUAGGUUUCCGGCAGUGAUGGGUAGUGAUGGGCUUCAUGAAACAGAGACCUCAUUUUCAGAGCCCACUAGAUGGUGCCCUCUGCUUCAAAAUUGGAAAAUCGUGGGUUGGACCAAGUAUUUCAAUGAAAACUCCAAAAAUGAGGACACUGUUUCAUGAGGCCUCAUUGGUUUGUCACUAGUUUCAACUAUUAGUUUGUAUCCACCCCAUUUUCCUGCCCUCAACCUUACUUUUGUUCACUUAAAUAUACAGAUUAUUUCUUGUGCUUUGUUUCUUUCCUUCAUCUACUGUACUUUCCUUUUAACCUUUCUCCCUCAUUUCUCUUUUCUUUCCUUUCUUAUUCUUGGUACAUUUCUUUUCUUCGUUCCCUCAUCAUUACAGUCGUUCAUUUUCUUCCCUCAUUUAU